AUGCGACACUACCGCUGGGCUCUACUCGCCAUACCCCCCGCUCCCACUCUGAUCCUCUCGGCUCCGCGCGCCCACGCUGUUAUGGCUUCCGCCUCCGGUCCGUCACCGUCAACGUCAGCGGUUGCUGAUCCGUCAAAGUUCGGCUACCGGUCGACGGCGGAAGAUGUGACGGCGGGCGUCGAUUUGAGCGGCAAAGUGGCAAUCGUAAUGGCACUCGCGAAUUCCCCUUCCCGCGCGAACCUCGUCCUCGUGCCAAUGUUCUCCCCACGCGCGCAUGUCGCCCCUCUCUCUUUCCGCCGCGCUAAUUUCUUCUUCCUCCCCCUCUCCCGACACCCUUGUGGCGCGAAUUUCCUCCCCCCAGGCGGCAGCAGCGGCAUCGGCACGGAGGCGGCGCGGGUGCUGGCGCUGCGAGGCGCGUCCGUGGUGCCCGCGGUGCGGAACACGGAGGCGGGGGAGGCCGCCAAAGCCGCCAUCAUCAAGGACAUCGAGGGGCAGAGCGCAGCGGCGGCGGGGGUUCCGGCGGCGGUGCGCGAGCGCGUGAGCGUGAUGCCGCUGGAUUUGGCGUCGCUCAAGUCGGUGCGCGCGUUCGCCGCGGAUUACUUGGGCCUUAACCGCCCGCUGCACCUCCUCAUCAACAAUGCGAGCGUGAUGAUAUGCCCGUUCAUGCUCACUGCGGCCGGCCAUGAGAACCAGUUCGGCACCAAUCACGUGGGCCACUUCCUGUUGACCAACCUGCUGCUGCCGAAGCUCAAGGAAACUGCCAAGCAGGAGGGCGCAGAGGCGCGCAUCGUGAUCGUGUCCUCCGCCGCGCACCAGUUCCCGUACCCGGGCGGCAUCCGCUUUGACGCCAUCAACGCCAAGGAGGGGUACGACUCGGUGAGGGCGUACGGGCAGUCCAAGCUCGCUAAUAUCCUGCACGCACGGGAGCUCGCACGGCGGCUCAAGGUGCAUGGCUGUAUGACUGUAAAUGCUCUGUACCCAUGGGUGAUUGAUCCUUCAACAAUGGAAAAACCCCCUGCUUCCCUCGCCAACACCCUCCAUCACCCUCCCUCCUCCCCUCUCUCCCCUUCCCUUCUCUCCCUUGAUUCAUGCGAGCAGGAGGAGGGUGCAGGAGUGACAGUGAACGCGCUGCACCCGGGGGUGAUUGACACCAACCUCUCACGUCACAUUGUGCCACCAGGGACCAUCUGGCACACCCUCGGACGGGGAGCGUACAGCCUGGUGUUCCAGUGGUUCAUGAAGACCAUUCCUCAGGUACCCUCCACCUCCACCUACUUUAUACCUCGCCUCACUGCACUUUGCCGUACAUUACCUUAG